AUGAUCAAUUCUAUUGCCAAGGUCAAAUGCAAUGGUUCAGUGGGUGUUAUUGGGAGUGGUGUUUCAGGUUUAACUUUUGCUUAUUUUCUAAAUAAAUUAAGACCAGAUUUAAGAAUAACUAUAUUGGAUAACCAACAUAAGAACGGUGGUUGGUUAUAUUCCUAUACUUUUAAGGAUGAAAAUGAUAAUGGUAAAGAAGUUAUGGUAGAGAAGGGUCCAAGAACUUUGAGAGGUGCUUCUCCCGGCACAGCUAUUAUUAUUGAUACUUUUGAAAAAAUGGGUCAAAUAGAAAAAGUUCAAACUAUCGAAUCGAAUUGCACUGCCAAUAGGAAAUUUUUAUUAUCAACUAAUGACAAACUCGUACAAGUACCAAAUAAACUUUUUAGUAUGAACACUUUUAAUUUACUUUUCAAAGAUCCUUUGGGUAAAAACGUACUGUCAAGUGUCUUAUUCGAACCCUUUAGAAAAAGUAAACCUUUGACAAAGGAUGAAACUGUUCAUGAAUUUUUAUCAAGAAGAUUUGGCCCAUCUAACGCUAUAAGUAACAAUUUUUUAAGUGCCAUUUAUCAUGGUAUUUAUGCCGAUGAUAUUAAAAAAAUCUCAUUAGAGAAAACUAAUCCAGCAUUUUAUAACCUUGAAAAGCAGCAUGGUUCCAUUAUAAAAUCUCUCUUCAAUUCAAAGGCUAAUAAUGAACCAAAUGAAUUUUUGGUUAAAUACGAUAAAUACUUCAAUAGUGAAAAUGGUUCAAUUUUUAAAUUACAUACACAAUUGAAAGAAUUUCCAAUGUUGGGGAUUUUAGGAGGUUUACAAAGUUUACCAAAUAUGAUCGCUGACCAAUUAAUUAAAAAUAGUCCAAAUGUGCAUAUUCAACGUAAUGAAGAGAUAGUUUCAUUAAAUGAGAAUAAAAAGACAAAUAGAAUAACGUUACAAAGUAAUAAAGAUAAAAACACUUACGAAUUUGAUCAUGUCAUGAUUACAAGUAAUCCAAUGAAAAUCAAGAAUUUAUUUGAAGGUGAGGAUGAUAUUAAGAAGGAAUUAGAAAAAGCUAAAUCUGUAAGUACCAUUUUGAUCAAUUAUUAUUUACCAAAUAAAGAUGUUAUACCAAAGAACUUGCAGGGGUUUGGUUAUCUAGUACCACAGAUUAAUGAAAAUAAAGAAAAACUGUUAGGUGUCAUCUUUGAUUCUGUAAUUGAAAAAAAUUUCAAACCUUUUGAAGAAGGUGAAAAUAUCCUUGUCAAUGAUUAUACUAAAUUAACAUUAAUGUUAGGAGGUCAUUAUAUCGAAAACUUAAGUGAAAAUAAAAUCAAUGACUCCAAAUAUUGGAUCAACACUUCCAAAAGUCUCUUGACAAGACACUUGAAUGUUUCAAAAACUGAUUUAGAAAAUGGUCAUUGGGAAUUCACGGUUGCCAAAAACGGUUUACCAAGAUUCUUUGUAAAUUAUACCGAAUGGUCCAACAAUUUGAAAUCAUUAAUUAGCAGCAAGUAUGGAGAUAAAGUUACGAUGGGGGGUAUGGGCUUCGCCAAGGGACCUGGUGUCCCAGACGUUAUAAUGAAAAGUUUACAUGAUUCAAUCGCUUUAAGUGGCGUUGAAAAUAAAGAAUAA